AGCGGAAGCAGCUGGGGACAGAAAACGCUGCGAGGCAAUUGAGGGGACCGAAUCAAAAUCAACUAGCCGAUCAGCCGAAAACUGGUCUGUUACUUUCUCACUCAUCGCUGCUUUCGCCAGGGAAACCCUAAGAGAGAGAAAAUGAGUGGCCCCGUGAAGAAGGCGGCGGACAUCGCGUUCAAGGCCUCCAGGACCAUCGACUGGGACGGCAUGGCCAAGCUCCUCGUCUCCGAUGAGGCCCGCAAGGAGUUCGCCAACCUCCGCCGCGCCUUCGACGAUGUCAACUCCCAGCUCCAGACCAAGUUCAGCCAGGAACCGGAACCUAUCGACUGGGAAUAUUAUAGAAAAGGAAUCGGGUCUCGCUUGGUGGAUAUGUACAAGGAGGCUUACGAGAGCAUUGAGGUCCCAAAGUUUGUGGACACCGUCACUCCUCAAUACAAGCCGAAAUUUGAUGCUCUGUUGGUGGAGCUGAAAGAAGCCGAGGAGAAGUCUCACAAGGAGUCUGAGCGGCUAGAAAAGGAGAUUGUGGAAGUCCAAGAGUUGAAGAAAAAGAUCAGUACAAUGACAGCAGAUGAAUACUUUGAGAAGCACCCUGAACUGAAGAAGAAGUUUGAUGACGAAAUCAGGAACGACUACUGGGGCUAUUGAUAACAAUCUUCCCUUCGAGCGCCCGUCUCUUUUUAUGUCUCAAGUGCAAACCAUCGCAUGAUUUCUGUCUGCCUGUUUGAUUUGCAAUAAGAGCGAGCAACCAAUUUCUUGUCCAUUUUCUUAGCUUUGGGCUCUGAGAAAAGGGAUGUACCUCUUUUUCUUUCUAUUGAUGAACUCAAUUUCCUUGUCAAAAGCUUCCCUAUCUGUUAGUCACA